AUGGCGAUAUCAAUAAAUGGAUCCGUUGGAUUAGUACUGAUAGACAAGACCAAAGCUUUGAGACACUCUUUGAGCCUCAUCAGAGAUUUAACAUGCAAACUUAUAUCAGAUAAACUCAUUAGGUUAGUUUCAAAGUCUCCUGAGACCAACCUACAGGCUACACAUCAACACCACUGCAUCAUAAUCUACAACAAGAAGAGCAGAAAAUCAUCCCAAAACAGUCCUAAGAAGGUUAACUUAGUUGCAGCACUAGUACGUGGUAUGCUUGUUGAACAUGCUCUGAUGCAACUGCAGGUUAUCGACGCUGCACUAGCAAAUGCUUCUCAUAACCAUGGACUAGAUCCUGACCGUCUCAUUAUUGGUAUAUGCUUCAAGAAGAGGAUAUCUAUCCAUGGGAAAGGAAAAUGCGGGUUGAUGAUAAGACCAGAGUGUUGCCUAACCAGCUAA